AUGGUCUUUGCGAUCAUUUCAUCAACCAGCCAUCCGGAUUUUCCUACAUUAGCCCAGCCUCCCGCUUUACAACACCAAGACCUUCCCAUCAUCCUCGCAACAACCACAAACAGCUUCCCUUUCCUGGGCAUUCGUCCUGCUGGAGAAACCACAGCGAAGUUGACAGGACAAAGGCCUUUAACACCUUCUCACGACCGUUACGAAUUUCCUUCUUCAGUAUACCAGCGCCAGCAGCGCGCAAUUCACCAGCAACCCUCCCAACCUACUACGCCAGAUAGAAGAUCGACAGCCACCCCUUCAUCUAUACAUCGGCUUCGUAGGACCCCGCGCUUCUCAGCUUCUCCCAUAUCUCAGCCAGAGGCGCAACAGACGCGUCAACCAAUUGGCAAAGUCACCGUUACUCUCAGUCCUAAAGGACAAUACGUUCUCGCUAGCACUGAGCGGCAGCCUCGAAGAGAACGUCCGAAACCUCCUAGACGGCAACUUUCGCAAGGAAACUUGAGCGACGACUCUCAAGCGACUUCGAUUAGCCCUCCCUCACCACAUCGCGAGACCGCUCAAUCUACUACCGACGCGAGUAGGCCCCAACCGCACCCGGCUCUUCGUAUCUCGAAGCAAACUCAUAGCGCUAUAUUGUAUGCUCUUGAGCAAACACUGCGCGGCCCCAAACCGAUUAGCGACGACCCUGUCGAGCUAUACGCACCAAUGUCCGAUCUCAUGGGAGGACGAGGCCCUGCCACCUCGAAUGGCAAUGGCGCCUCAUCCGUGCGACCUACCACGGCACGAGCGGCAGUUGGCUCUCCUUCGGGUAUUAGAGGUCCCCGUGUAAUCAUGCAAGAGAGAGCUGCGCGAGAGGCUGCACGCGAGCGACAGCGCGAGGAGCAAGAACGUGAAAGACAGCGAAUGGAGAGAGAACACGCAGAUGCCGAGGCGCGUUUGCAAGAACAGGCGUUACGACGAGAAGCAGAGCGAAAGGAUGCUGAACAUCAAGCUACUGCUGCUGGCGCUGGUCCUUAUGGAAGUGGCGCUAUUCCAACUGGUGCCGAUCCUACCACAAGACGACCGGCGCAACCCGCCGCUGGUCGUGCGACCGCGGACAACGGUUCCCGCCCUACGGGACAAACUCGAAUUCCCACCACGGCCCAGGCUCAGGCCCAGGCCCAGGCUUCGCAAUCAGCACGACACGCACGAGGUGCCUCCACACAAGGAGCUGGUGGAGCCCCUUCUGGUCCCGGAUUGGCUGGUCCUUCAGUAACCCAAUCUCAGCAGUUACCUCCCCCGCUAAGCGAAGAAUCUGCGGCCCUUGGACGAGGUAGAAACUCGUUCCCCCAUGCAUUUGAGCGCUGGGAAACCCUGUCGGCUCAUUGGGAAGGUCUCACUAGCUUCUGGAUUCGUAGACUGGAGCAAAACGCGCAAGAGAUCAAUCAGGACCCUGUCUCUGCGCAGCUGUCUCGGCAGGUAACGGACCUUUCAUCUGCAGGUGCCAACCUAUUCCAUGCUGUAGUCGAGUUACAGCGCCUACGCGCUUCAUCGGAACGCAAGUUCCAGCGCUGGUUCUUUGAUACCCGCGCCGACAUCGAACGUUCUCAGGAGGUUACCGGCAUGCUUGAGGCAGCUCUCGAGGAAGAGCGACGAACCCGGGCGGACGCGAUCCGUGAAGCUCUCGAGCGUAACCAAGACAGCUCUAAGAUGCAGAAGCAAAUCUCUGAGUUGCGCAAAGAAUUGACCAUUUCCAAGGAAGAGGCGCGACGUGCAUGGGAAGAACUUGGCCGGCGAGAGCAAGAGGAGCGAGACCGCACCAUGUCUUUGCAGCUUGGUCAGCCCACCAUCGUUGGCGGUGUCCAAGUCGUCCCGAUGACUCAAGGCAUGGGCCGUGGCACCAGCCAGAGAGAUCCUCGUUCAUACGGCCAGCCCGACCCCCAGGAGUACUCACAAUCACCUACCUCGCCGUCGGCGGCUCGGGCCCAGUACACUCAGGCUCCCGCAGUUAAGCCAGGCGCAGCUUCAGGUAGCGGUAACCCUACUUACCAGACUCCCACGUCUGUGCGCCACCAGCAAAGCUACGGUUCGGAGGGAACCUAUAGCGAAGGUCAGUACAUCAAUGGCAUGAGUGGUGCACCCAAUGGCGUGCCCAACGGCGCACCUAGUGGCGCAUCGAGAAGCCCCGUCCGAGACUUCCACGAGCACAAUGUUCCAGAGCACGCCCCCGUUUCGAAGCGUUCUGACGUUGCAGCAGAAGAGUUUGAGACCCCGGCAACGCAGCCGAGCGUCUACCAGCCGACCGGCGCCUCCGGCACUCAUCAGCCGCAGUACUCGUCGGCUCCGGAUUAUAGCGGUGCGGGCUAUACGACGCCUUGGGACGAUGCGGGUGCUCGAGACAUGGGACCUCGUCACCACCACCCGACUCGAUUGAGCGACGUGCUCGAGGAGGAAGAGGAACGCAGCCGAACGAGCGCCAGCCAGAGUCAGGUCAGCAGACCUUAG